CUAUCAGAAGAAGAAGUUAGGGUAGCAGCAGCUUGUGCUGGAGAGGAAGUGAUGAUAAGAAAUCGGUUUAUGGAAAUGAAUGCACCCAGGGAUAGUUCAUCAGUUAGCAAGUAUUAUAAUCUUGCUCAUGCUGUGAACGAGAGGGUCAUAAGGCAACCAUCAAUGCUACGAGCUGGAACUUUACGAGACUAUCAGCUUGUUGGUUUGCAGUGGAUGCUUUCUUUGUAUAACAAUAAACUCAAUGGUAUCUUGGCUGAUGAGAUGGGUCUUGGGAAGACUGUUCAGGUUAUGGCAUUGAUUGCUUAUUUGAUGGAAUUCAAAGGAAACUAUGGUCCACAUCUUAUAAUUGUUCCAAAUGCUGUUCUGGUAAAUUGGAAGAGUGAGUUGCAUAAUUGGCUGCCAUCUGUGUCAUGCAUCUAUUAUGUUGGUGGAAAAGAUCAACGUUCAAAAUUGUUUUCUCAAGAGGUUUUGGCAAUGAAAUUUAAUGUCCUUGUGACAACUUAUGAAUUCAUUAUGUACGAUCGGUCAAAGCUUUCCAAAAUUGAUUGGAAGUACAUCAUAAUUGAUGAAGCACAGCGAAUGAAAGACAGGGAAUCUGUUUUAGCUCGUGAUCUUGAUAGGUACCACUGCCAAAGGCGUUUACUUCUCACUGGGACACCAUUACAGAAUGACUUGAAAGAACUCUGGUCACUGUUAAAUCUUCUCCUUCCUGAAGUUUUUGACAAUCGCAAGGCAUUUCAUGAUUGGUUUUCACAGCCAUUUCAAAAGGAAGGCCCUACGCAUAAUGCAGAGGAUGAUUGGCUUGAGACUGAAAAGAAGGUUAUCAUCAUCCACCGGCUUCAUCAAAUUCUAGAGCCUUUUAUGCUUAGACGUCGUGUUGAAGAUGUGGAAGGUUCACUUCCUCCAAAGGUCUCAAUAGUUUUAAGAUGCAGAAUGUCAGCUAUUCAGAGUGCCAUUUAUGAUUGGAUAAAAUCAACUGGGACUCUUCGAGUUGAUCCUGAAGAUGAGAAGCGCAGGGUUCAAAAAAAUCCAAUAUACCAGGCUAAGGUGUACAAAACUUUAAAUAAUCGGUGUAUGGAGCUUCGCAAGACAUGCAAUCAUCCUUUGCUCAAUUACCCAUAUUACAAUGACUUCUCUAAAGAUUUCCUUGUAAGAUCUUGUGGGAAAUUGUGGAUCUUAGACAGAAUACUCAUAAAACUACAGAAAACAGGGCAUCGUGUAUUGCUCUUUAGUACCAUGACAAAGCUCCUGGAUAUCUUGGAGGAAUACUUGCAGUGGAGGAGGCUUGUUUACAGACGUAUUGAUGGAACAACUAGCUUGGAAGAGCGUGAAUCAGCUAUUGUUGAUUUCAAUAGCCCUGACUCUGACUGCUUUAUAUUCUUACUUAGUAUUCGUGCAGCUGGGCGUGGUCUAAAUCUUCAAUCUGCUGAUACUGUUGUCAUAUAUGAUCCUGAUCCAAACCCUAAAAAUGAGGAACAGGCAGUUGCUAGAGCUCAUCGAAUUGGACAAACAAGGGAAGUCAAAGUCAUUUACAUGGAGGCAGUUGUUGACAAAAUCUCUAGUCAUCAGAAGGAGGAUGAACUAAGGAGUGGAGGUACAGUUGAUUUUGAGGAUGAUUUUGCAGGUAAGGAUCGGUAUAUGGGAUCUAUUGAGGGCCUCAUAAGGAAUAACAUUCAACAGUAUAAAAUUGACAUGGCUGAUGAAGUUAUUAAUGCUGGACGUUUUGACCAGAGAACAACACAUGAAGAGAGACGCAUGACUUUAGAAACAUUACUGCAUGAUGAAGAGAGGUAUCAAGAAACUGUUCAUGAUGUUCCCUCCUUGCACCAGGUAAAUCGCAUGAUAGCAAGAAGUGAGGAAGAAGUUGAGUUGUUUGAUCAGAUGGAUGAAGAACUGGAUUGGACUGAAGAGAUGACUAGUCAUGAACAGGUACCUAAGUGGCUUCGAGCUAGUACAAGAGAAGUGAACGCUGCUGUUGCUACUUUGUCAAAAAAGCCAUCAAAGAACAUUUUAUAUACUGCUGGUGUGGGUGCUGAAUCCAAUGAAGUGGAGACUGAGAGAAAAAGGGGGCGACCCAAGGGGAAAAAGCAUCCUAAUUAUAAGGAAAUAGAUGAUGAGAAUGGGGAAUACUCUGAAGGAAGUUCUGAUGAGAGAAAUGGUUACUCUGGGAAUGAGGAAGAGGGAGAAAUUGGAGAAUUUGAAGAUGAUGAAUUUAGUGGUGCUGUUGGGGCACCACCUACAAAUAAGGAUCAGUCGGAAGAAGAUGGCCCACUUUGUGAUGGUGGUUAUGAGUAUGCCCAAACUUCAGAAAACAUUAGAAAUACUCACAUACUUGAAGAAGGUGGUUCUUCAGGAUCAUCUCUGGACAGUCGAAGACCAACACAGAUGGUGUCUCCUAUUUCUCCUCAGAAAUUUGGCUCUCUCUCUGCAUUAGAUGCUAGGCCUGGUUCUGUUGCAAGAAGGCUGCCAGAUGAACUAGAGGAAGGUGAGAUUGCAGUAUCUGGAGAUUCUCAUAUGGACCACCGGCAAUCUGAAAGUUGGGUUCAUGAGCGGGAUGAAGGUGAAGAUGAACAAGUUGUCCAACCCAAGAUAAAACGAAAGCGUAGCAUUCGGGUUCGACCUCGUCAUACUGUGGAAAGGGCAGAGGAGAAAUCUGUCAAUGAAGUGCCUCAUCUCCAACGUGGAGAUUCAUCUUUGUUGCCUUUUCAGCUGGACCAAAAAUACCAAUCACAACAAAGGACUGAUCCUGAAACAAAACCAACCUGUGACCGCAAUGCUGUCAAGCAUGAUCCAAAUGAUUCAUCUUCAAAAAGCAGGAGGAACUUACCUUCAAGAAAGAUAGCUAAUACAUCGAAGUUGCAUGCAUCACCAAAGUCUGGUAGAAUGAAUUCCAUUUCUGCUCCUGCAGAAGAUGCUGGUGAACCCUCCAGAGAGAGUUGGGACAGUAAACUGGUUAAUACAAGUGGGUAUUCCGAUUUUGGUGCUAAGAUGUCUGAUGUCAUCCAAAGAAAGUGCAAAAAUGUGAUUAGCAAGCUUCAGAGGAGAAUAGACAAGGAAGGUCAACAAAUUGUACCACUUUUAACAGAUUUGUGGAAGAGGAUUGAAAACUCUGGUUACAUGGGUGGAAGUGGAAGUAAUCAUUUGGAUUUACGGAAGAUUGAUCAGCGUGUUGACAGACUAGAGUAUAGUGGAGUUAUGGAGCUUGUGUCAGAUGUGCAGUUAGUGUUAAAAAGUGCAAUGCAUUUUUAUGGGUUUUCACAUGAGGUCAGAUCUGAAGCAAGAAAAGUACAUGAUCUGUUUUUCGACUUGUUGAAGAUUGCAUUCCCAGAAACAGAUUUCCGCGAAGCCAGAAGUGCUGUGUCUUUCGCUAACCCAGUAUCUACCUCGACUUCCACUCCAUCCCCUAGACAGGUAGCUGUUGGCAAGAGACAAAAGCCAAUAAACGACGUGGAACCAGAUUCAGGCCUGGCUCAAAAGUCAUUGCAACGUAGUUCUAUUCAUGCUGGUGAUGAUGCAAGGGCUAGAGUGCAUGUGCCCCAGAAGGAAUCUAGGCUUGGGAGUGGAAGUGGCAUGACCAGGGAGCAAUAUCAACAGGAUGAUUCUCUCCUAACUCAUCCAGGGGAGCUGGUUAUUUGCAAGAAGAAGAGGAAAGACAGGGAAAAGUCUAUGGUGAAGCCUAGGACUGGAUCAGCUGGCCCUGUUUCACCACCAAGCAUGGGUCGCAACAUCAGGAGUCCAGCAGCAGGAUCAAUCUCUAAGGAUUCAAGACUGGCCCAGCAGACCACCCAUCAGCAAGGUUGGCCCAACCAGCCUGCUCAUCCGGCGAAUGGUGGUGGUGGGAGUGUUGGUUGGGCCAAUCCUGUGAAGAAGCUGAGAACAGACGCAGGUAAAAGGAGGCCAAGCCAUCUAUGACUUUAUAGCGGGUAGUGUAUCGCAUGAUGAAAAAAUUUGUUGCCAUUGAGUACAAGUGUGGAGUGUAUUUUGUGGCUCUUCAUGGCCUGUGCAAUUGCAAUAGAUCAUACCAUUAAUGUAGCUUAGGUUCCUUGAUCCCGCAUUGUAUACCGGUCUUUCCAUGGUUUCAAUGCAAUAGUUUUCAUAUCUGCUCCUGGCGGGUAUUAUUAUCUAUUAUUUGAUAGCUGAGACUUUUGUAAAGAAUAUAUGCUUCCUUCAUUUUAAUACUCAGGAUAUCAUCCAAACAAAAAAA